AUGUUACUCGAAACAAAACAAAUAUCUUUAGAAAAUGAAAAAUUGGAUGAAGAUAACAUUAAGAUUCAAAAUGAAAUUAAAAAGAAAGAUGGGAUAGAUGAACAACAACAAAUUAUUAUUAGUAAAUCUCUUCGUGAACGUCUCCAAGCAAUACAAGAAACGUUGACUUUACUUCAACAACAGGGGGAUUUUUUGGUUGGAUUAAUUGACAGAAUUAAAGGAAUUUUCAAUUUUACCGUUCCCUUUCUUUCCUUUCUUGCAAUAUUUUCACUUCUUCUAAUAACUAUUUUAUUGUAUUAUAUUCCUAUAAGAUUGAUAAUUAUUAUUUGGGGAAUAAAUAAAUUUUCAAAAAAACUCUUCAAUCCAAAUUAUGUUGAUACAAAUGAAUUGCUAGAUUUUCUUUCUCGAGUUCCUAUUGAAAAAGAAAUUAUAAAUUUUAGAAAUUCUUCUACUCUUGUAUUUAACAAUAAAAGAAAAAUACCCAGACAUUCUUCUUUUGAAUUAAAGUAA